CAGCGGGGACCGGGCUCACCCGGCGUCAGGGAGCCGGGGGGAUGCUCCCCGCCACGCGGGCUCCUUCCCGAGCCAAGGGGCCCUCGGGGCCGCGUCCGCUCCCGCGGUGGCGGCGCGGGGAAGGCUCUCAGCAGCGGAAGAAGGUGAAAGAAGGCAGCGGCACCGCCCGCCACACUCACCGUCCUGGCGUGGCCGUGCCGCGGGGCGGGGGGAGCGGGGCCAGCGCCUCUUUCAGGCGUCAUCGGGCAGCGCCGCGCCCCACGUGGGGGCCGCGAUGGCGCUGGGCCGGGCCGGGCCGGCGCUCUCCCUCCCGCUGCUGCUGCCGCGGCGGCCGGCGGGCAGCGGGACGGCGGCGGGGAGCCCGCAGCCGCCCGGGGCCGUGGUGCGCGUCCCCUGGGCCCUGCGGCAGCGCCUGCAGCGGGGCGCGCGGCGCCGGCGGCGCGGGCAGGGGGAGGCGGCGCCGCCGCGUCCCGGGAAGCUGCUGCUGCGGAGCCGGCGGCCGGAGCUGAGCCAGCCCCGCUGGCAGACGGUGGGGCGCUGGGAGCAGCCGCCGCUGGUGUCGGCGGGCUGGAAGCACCGCAAGGCGUACGGGGACUAUUUCCAGCUGGAGCCCUCGCAGGAGGCGGCUCCCGCCCUGCAGGCGUCGCCGGCCGAGGCGGGACGGGGCCCGACCUUCGCCGAGCUGGGGCUGCGGCCGGAGCUGCUGGCCGGCCUGGAGCGGCUCUCCGUCGGCCGGCCCACGGCCGUGCAGCGCCUCGCCAUCCCCGCGCUGCGCCGCGGCCGCAGCGCGCUGUGCGCCGCCGAGACGGGCAGCGGGAAGACGCUGGCGUACCUGCUGCCGCUGCUGGAACGCCUGCUCGGCCGCCCCGAGGCGCCGGCGGAGGCGGCGGGGCCGGCGGCGGCGCCCCGCGGGCUGGUGGUGCUGCCGUCGCGGGAGCUGGCGGCGCAGGCGGGCGCGGUGGCGGCGGCGCUGUGCGCGCCCGCGGGGCUGGCGGUGCGCGGCCUGACGGGCGGCGGGGCCGCGGGCGGGCUGCGGAGGCAGCUGCGGGCGCCGCCGCCGGGCCCCUCCGUGCUGCUGGGCACCCCCGGCGCGCUGCGGGAGGCGCUGCGGCGGCGCUUCCUGGCCCUGGACAGGCUGCGCUGGAUGGUGCUGGACGAGGCGGACUCGCUGAUGGACGAGUCCUUCGCGGAGCUGCUGGAGGAGAUCCUGGCACACGCGCCCCUGGCCGCCGGCGCUCCCGGGCCGGCCGGUCCCGAAGAGGAGAGGACGCAGGUGGUGGUGGUCGGAGCCACCUUCCCCGCGGGGCUCAGCGAGACGCUGGAGAAGUUCACUGACGUGGGCCGGUUUGUUACCGUCAGCACCCAGAGCCUGCACCGCCUGCCGCCUCACGUCCAGCAGAAAUUUGUGCGCCUCAAAGGCCGGGACAAGCUUCCCGAGCUGCUACAGCUGCUCAAGGAGCGCCCGCCGUCUGACGGGGCUGUUCUCAUCUUCUGCAACAGUGCCAGCACUGUCAACUGGCUGGGCUAUAUCCUGGACGACCACAAAAUCAAGCACCUGAGGCUGCAAGGGCAGAUGUCGGCAGCUGCUAGAGCUGGUAUCUUUGCCUCUUUCCAGAAGGGUGACGUGUCUGUCCUCGUGUGCACUGACCUUGCCUCGCGGGGGCUGGACACCAGCAGUGUGCAGCUAGUGGUCAACUAUGACUUCCCAGACACCCUGCAGGACUACCUGCACCGUGCCGGGAGAGUUGGCCGGGUUGGGAGCAAGGCACCUGGAGCUGUGGUUAGUUUUGUCACCCAUCGGUGGGAUGUGGACCUGGUACGGAAAAUAGAGACUGCAGCCCGGAAAAGGACAGGUCUCCCAGGAAUGGACUCUCUUAAUAAACCUUCACCUACAGGAGAUUGA